GCCGUUCUCGCUUCUCUUAGCCCCACGUCUCCAUCUCUUUGUUGUUUGUAGUAUAAAAGAUUGGAAAAGAGAACCCUCUGGUUUUUUUGGAGUUUUCUCUAGUCAUCUGUCUCCGUUUUGUGGGUGUGGAAUUCGGUAUUUGGUUGGAGGGAGAGAUAUUUUGGGAGAUUUGUCUGUUCGAGUUCUUCGGAGGCAGGGAAUUGUUUAGGAGGGUGAGGAAAGAUUUGUUUAGGAGGGUGAGGAAGGAUGGUUUCGCUGGUGUCUCGGCAGGGGAGGCAGCUGCAGCGGUACACCAGCGCCGGUGGUCGUCUUGUUGUCGGAUGCAUUCCGUACAAGUUCAAGAUUGACAAGCCAUGCAAGGAUGGCAUUGAUCAAGCAAUGGAGGUUCUGGUCAUUAGCUCUCAGAAAGGGCAUGGAAUGAUGUUCCCAAAGGGAGGCUGGGAGCUCGACGAAACCAUAAAAGAAGCCGUCUCUCGAGAGGCUUUGGAGGAAGCUGGUGUACAAGGAAAUAUUGAGGAUUUCCUUGGCAAAUGGAGAUAUAAGAGCAGAAGCCAUGAUGCAUUUUAUGAGGGAAUCAUGUUCCCUUUGAAUGUAACAGAGGAAUUGAUUCAUUGGCCUGAGAUGGAUGUCCGGAAACGAAGAUGGGUGACGAUUGCGGAAGCAAGGGAGGGAUGCCAGCAUCCAUGGAUGAAAGAAGCAUUGGAUAGAUUGGUGACACGUCUCUCAAAUUUGAGUAGGCAAGAGACCACUAUGGGCAUAGGAUACGUUUCAUGAUCACACUCACAACGGCUUCCAUUUGUCUGUGUGCAUAUGAGCUGCUCGUCGCUUAGGUUUUUCACAUUACUCAGGAAUUCUUGACAACCUCUUGAAGGCCAUGCCAUUGUAUCUUGGAUCAAUACAGUUUGAAAAGAUAGCAUCUGGAAGCCCAUUGGAUUCUUUGGCAAAUAACAUUGCAUAGCAUAAUGGCCCUAAUCCGAUGUUCUAAAUUUUUUCCUUUUGAGAAGUACCCGAGGGAACAUCUCUCAUGUACUAACCAUUUAAUGAAAGCAGAUUUUUUAACUUUCUUUUUUGCUUAUC